CUUGGGGGGAUCGUGGAGAAGCAGGCCGGAAAUGCGAUCGAUAUACAUACUACAGUCGAUCGCCCUGGGUCGCCCCUCAUUCACGGUCGUAGUGUGUUCGGCCUGCUUGUUUUCCUCGCCUGGCCUUGUUGUCGCGCCGCAGUGCUCGUUGUCGGAGCGGCUCCAUCGCUGAUAUUCAACCUCUCCUCAGUCCCCUCAUCCUCUUCGUCCUCUUCGUCCUCCUCCCAUUCCGACGGCCGGUCGAUUUGGUUGAUCCCCUCACGGUGGUGAAUUUGGAACUCUGAAGCAGGCGCAUUCUCCAUCGCACUCUACUGUGUACGCAACGCCUAUCUAUCUUGACCAAGGUCACCGGCAAAACACCCCUGGCUUGUAUUUGACGGAAAGAACCCUGGGAAGGAGAUGGCAUCCUUCAUCACAACCAUCAACGCUCGGACCCGAGCCCCCUUCAAACCGCGGUCGGCGGCCAAGGGCACCACUAGUUAUCAACUGCGACAGUUCGCGGAGGCGACCCUGGGAAGUGGGAGCUUGCGGAAGGCCGUGAAGCUUCCCGAGGGUGAGGAUUUGAACGAAUGGCUUGCAGUGAAUGUGGUCGAUUUUUACAACCAAAUAAACUUGCUAUAUGGCGCCAUCACCGAAUUCUGUUCUCCUCAGUCAUGUCCGGAAAUGAAAGCGACCGAUGAGUUCGAAUAUCUCUGGCAAGAUUCGGAGAACUUCAAGCGACCGACGAAGAUGUCGGCUCCGGAAUACAUUGAGCACUUGAUGAGCUGGGUACAGAGCAGUGUCGACAACGAACAGAUCUUUCCCAGUCGGCUUGGCGUUCCAUUCCCCAAGGUAUUCCCAAGCCUUGUGCGGCAGAUCUUCAAGCGGAUGUAUCGCGUGUAUGCGCACAUUUACUGCCACCACUACCCGGUUGUGGUCCACCUCGGACUGGAGCCGCACCUCAACACCAGCUUCAAACACUACGUGCUAUUCAUUGACGAGCACCGACUGGCGAGCGGGAAGGACUUCUGGGGUCCGUUGGGGGAUCUAGUGGAUAGCAUGCUGCGCAGCGAUUGAGGGAGGGUCGACGGGAUGAGCACGAGAGAAGGGCGUUCGGGGUAUUGACAUUCGGGAGGGCACAUUUAACUCGUAGAGGCAGUCCGGCGUUACGUAGCAUGCGAGUUGGGAAAUUGCAUUUUGACAGAAGUCAUGUCAUGGAGUGUUUGUUGUAUGGAG